AUGUUGCAAUCAACGGAUGCUGAUCUGAAUGAUCUUUUCAAAAAUUAUGCUGAGCAAGGCUUUCUCCAAGAUUCUCUUCCAUUGGUCAGACUUUCAAAUCCCUAUUACAAGACUUGGGAGGAUAUAGCCUGCCAACUCCCGAACCUCAUUCAAACGAGCCAGAUCCGUGGUAAAAUCGAUGACAUGGCCGUUUACACGACCGAGAAUCUUCAAACAGAACCAGAGUGGCGGCGCGCUUGUGUUAUUAUGGGAUAUUUUGCUCAUGCCUAUAUCUGGGGGGAGAGAUCCCGAAAGAUGCAAGCAUCCACCAACCUUUCCUAUUCGUUCAAGGAUUCCCUGACAUCCAGACAACAGAGACUUCCCCCCUCAAUCUCAAAGCCCUUCCUUGAGAUAUCAGCACAUCUGGAACUCCCUCCCUGUGCCACCUACGCUGGCCUCACACUAUGGAACUUCAUACCUUCGAACCCAGAAGCAGACAUCACAGACCCGGACAACCUCCACGUUCAGACCUCUUUCACCGGCACAAAAGACGAGGAAUGGUUCAUGGUUAUCUCCGUUGCCGUUGAAGCCAAAGGCAUCAAGCUCAUCUCGCUGAUGCGGGACGCUUUCAAGGCAGUUGCGGCCAACGACGUGGACCUGCUCACUGCGCUCUUGUGCAGGUUUGCCGACGGUCUAUGCGACCUCACAUUGACUCUGAAAAGGAUGUACGAGCACAACAAGCCCUCUGUCUUCUUCCACCAGCUUCGGCCGUUCCUGGCAGGUAGCAAGAAUAUGGCCCAUGCUGGUCUACCCAACGGUGUGUACUAUGAUGUUGGUGAUAGUGAUGGUGUGGAAAGACCAGAGCACUGGCUCCAGUUGAGUGGUGGGAGCAAUGCACAAAGUUCGCUGAUCCAGGCACUUGAUAUUUUCCUUGGGAUCAAACACUCUGCAACGGAUGGGAAGCAAACUAGUGGCCCGAGUUUCAUUCAGCAAAUGCGACACUAUAUGCCUGGUCCGCAUAGACGCUUCCUUGAAGAUCUGUCGGCUCGAUCCAAUGUUCGCUCGUUCAUACUGGACUCGCCGGUUCAACCGCUCAAAGAUGCAUACAAUGCAGCUGUGAAUGAGCUCAAGUCCUUCCGCGAUACGCAUAUCCAGAUGGUCACUCGAUACAUUGUCAUGGCGUCGAGACAGCCUAAUCCAGCUGAGCAGGCUAAGGGCAGAAUGAAUCUAGCCACGGCUAGCUCUCAGAUGAAAGAAACAGGCACGAAAACCAAGCUUGCUGGUACGGGUGGCACGGACUUGAUACCCUUCCUAAAAAGAACCAGAGAUACGGUUCAAGAUGCGAAGUGCUAG